AUGGGGGAGGGGGAAUCAAGUAGGGUUCCUCACUCAGGGAAACGAAUCAAAAUCCUUAAGCGCUCCUUCGCCGAAACCGUAGCUGUAGCCCCGUCCAUGGCCGACGACGAAACCAUGUUGGAUGAAGUUGACAACGACUGGCUGGACGAAGAAAUCGUAGUGCGAUCUGACGAAGGGCUUGAGGAUGUUAGGGAGGGGAUUCCCGUCGUUAAGUUCUCUAAAGCUGAGAGGGAAGAGAUGAUUAAACCUUGGAAAAGAGCUUUAAUCGUGAAAUAUCUCGGUAAACCUCCGGCCUUCAACUUACUAAAACAACGGUUGUUCUGUCUAUGGAAUAUUAACGGAAAAGUCGAGAUGUUGGACAUUGGCGGGGGAUGCUAUGUGCUACGCUUCACUCUUGCGGCAGAGUACAGCCAUGUCCUUUUGGAUGGCCCUUGGAAAGUCUUCAACUGCUACGUCAUCCCUCAAAGAUGGCAGCCUGACUUUGAUCCCUAUACAGCAAAAAUGGAAAAAAUGGCUGUUUGGGUUCGGUUCCCAGGCUUGCCGGUGGAAUACUUCCUCGAUGGUUCGGUCAAGAAGGUGCUGAAGUUAAUCGGGAAACCGAUCAAACUUGAUACGACCACAGCCGAGGUAGAUAAAGUCAAGUUCGCAAGGGCGGCGGUAGAAAUUGAUCUUCUGAAGCCCCUGGUUUCGAUGGUAUGGGUUAGUGACAGAGUUCAACGGGUUGAGUUUGAAGGUCUCCAUGCCAUCUGCUUCGACUGUGGUGAAGUAGGGCAUGUAUCAUCCAAAUGCCCGAAGAAGGUGGUGGUGGAUACGCAACCGCAAACUCCCCAGGAACCAGAAAUAACGAUGGAAACAGGUGGCACAGAGGAGGUGGCGCCUGCAGAAAAAGUUCGUGAAAAAUACGGUCCUUGGAUGAUCGUCUCUUACAAUAAUGACAAACUCCAUAGUAAACACCGUAGCAUGAACACCAAAACCAAUCCCAAACCUCCCAAAAGCAAGGAGGCGGGCAACAAAAAUAAGAAGGUGGCAGCAGGUGGACGUCCUCCUUCUACAAACCAGUCCGCCCCUACGAAAAACAAGGUAAGUAUUGCUCCUUCUCCAAUUCCCCUUCCAGUUAGCAAUGGGUUUUCUGUUUUGCAGGGAAUGGAGGAACUCCACGAGACCCCGGUUUAUGUGGAAGGGGAAACCAGUACGGGUGUCAAAAAUAAAGAAGGUCGCCCCUUUCAGAAAAAAAAUAAUAAUAAAAAAGGUCCAAAGCAGGUGACUAAGUCAAGCAAGGACCGGAGUAAAACGGGCAGUGCAUCUAUACAAGGACAAACGUCCAAUGGGGAUGCUCUAUUUAAGCAGCCCUCAGCUGGCCAGAAUGUCUCAGCAGCUCCUUUUGUGUUUGGUAUAGCUCCCAAUGGGAACAAUGGUCCCCAACCUUCAGCGGGGGCAUCUUUUGUCACUACUAUUGUGUCUACGCGUAAGGAAGGCGGUGGCCAAACUUCCUUGCCUUGCAAUGGUGGUCAAUGA